AUGGGUGGGAUGAUGAGCCUCCUGUACGCUGAGCAUGGAGUUGACGUGCACUUCUUCGAUCCAAGCGAAGAAAAUGUCCAUCAACUCCUCCAUAUGGCGAAGAAGCUGAAAACGGACCAUAAGAUCGUGCACGAGAAGGACUAUGAACAGCUUUGCAAGAGCAUUUCGGUCCCUAGCCAGCCAAGACUCUUCGUCUUCAGCAUACCACAUGGUACUGUUGGAGAUAAGACGGUCGACAGUCUUAUGCCGUAUCUUCAGAAGGGCGACGUUAUCCUCGACUGCUCCAAUGAGCUAUGGCAGAACACCGAGCGGCGGCAAUCCAAGCUUGACCCGAAGGGCAUCCACUACGUUGGCUGUGGUGUCAGUGGUGGCUAUCAGAGUGCUCGUCACGGCCCCUCUAUGUCUCCUGGGGGCACUCCCGAAGCGCUCGAUAAGGUCAUGCCGUUCCUCCGGCGUGUGGCGGCUAAGGACAAGCAAGGUCGUCCAUGCACUACGCCCAUUGGACCUGGCGGCUCAGGCCACUACGUGAAGAUGAUCCACAACGGCAUUGAGCAAGGUAUGAUGUCGGCCCUCGCUGAGGCUUGGUCCCUCAUGACCACGCAUCUCGGUAUGACCUACGAAGAAGUUGCCAACACUUUCGAAGAAUGGAACGACACAGAUCCACUACGAGAUAACUUCCUCAUCAGUAUUGGCGUCGAGAUCAAUCGCACCAAGGAUCCUGAUGCUCCCAGCAAGUACCUCCUCGCUAGCAUCCGCGACAAAGUCGUCCAGGACGUCAACGAAGAAGAAGGCACAGGCACCUGGUCCUGCUGGCAAGCCAUCGACCUACACAUUCCCGCACCAACCAUCGUCGCCGCCCACCUCUUCCGCCUCGCCUCCGCCGACGCAACUCAACGCGCUGCCGUGUCCGAAGCCUUCACCCAGACCUCCACUUACCUGCCCACCGCAUCCAAAAUCGACCCCACCGACCGCACCGCCUUCCUCUCCGACCUCCAACAAGCCCUCUACGCCUCCUUCCUCACCUCCUUCGCCCAAGGCCUCCACAUCAUCCAUGCCGCCGCCACCGCGAACUCCUGGCCCCUCGACUUCGCCGCCAUCAUCGGCAUCUGGCGCGGCGGCUGCAUCAUCCAGUCCGACUACAUCUCCGACCUGUUCACGUCCAUCUUCACCUCCUCUACCAACCCCUUCGCUUCCCCCUCCUCCCCGAAAAAUUCCACACCCACACCGACGCCCUCCCUUCUGACGCACCCUCUGCUCGUCAAGCCCCUCGCACAAGCCUACCCGUCCCUGAAGCGCGUCAUCGCAGCGAGCGUCGAAGCGGACGCGAUCGUGCCGAGUUUGAGCGCGACGCUGGAGUAUUUGAAGUACAGCAAGAGUACAGAGAUGCCGACGCAGUUUAUGGAGGCGCAGUUAGAUUUCUUUGGUGGGCACAUGUAUGAAUUGAAGAGUGAUCGGUUGCGGCCAGGGGCCGAGAAAGGGGCUCGGCAUUUUGAGUGGCGGCCCGCGAGGGGGAUUUUGGAUGGAUAG